AUGGGGCCCAACCACAAAGUCAUCGCCUCCCUCUCCACCCUGCCCAGAGAGCUGGCCCACCAAAUCCUCAACGACAUCCGCAUCUGGGACAUCCUGCGGCUCAUCUGCCACAACAAUGCCCAAAUCAACACAGACAUCCUCACGCACCCGACCCUAGGUCGUCUCUUCCACCAUGACACCGGGGUCCUCGACGAAGUCCGCGCAGCUGCAGACCUCUACCGCACAGUCUGCGCAGCCCACAGCCUCACCGCAGCACCGCUGACAUCGCCGCUGGCCCUAAACGCACAGACAUUCAAGUCAGACUACAAGGAAAUCACGAACUACAUGCGCCAUCGCCUCAUCGACGAGCUGUAUCUGGAUUCCUGGAAGGUGGACGUCCUGAGUCGCUACGCCCCACUCCCCACCGUGUGGGAGACAGGUACCAUCGCCGGGUUAGAAGCCGGGUGGAACACCAUCCAAGACGCGCAAGAGAAAGUUAAUAAGCGGAAGGCUGUCCAGCUGCACAAGGCAGCUGAUUUGCUGGAGGCUAACCCAGAUGUGUUAAAGAAAAUGGUCGACCCCAGCCAGACGCCGCGGAAGAAUAUCCCGCAUAUUGUGGAGCGGAUUAGGGGCGCCGAGAAGCGGGUUGCGAGGCAGUCUUUGCUGUGGGGCCAUACGUUGACCGGCACGUCGUGGUUCAUGUACGGCCAUUUCUCGUUGGUGCCGUUUGAUCGGACGUGGGUGUUGUUUUGCAGGGAUUGGAGGGCUUGGGGGUGGAGUACGGAGAGCUUGGGGGAGGUGGGUGUCUCAGUCAGGGUCGUGGUUGAGGGGCUGCGGUUUGUGUAUAGUGGCGAGGAGGAGGGUCGAUUACCCCGAAUAGCCAUGCAUGAGGAUAGCCGGUCUUGGUACUUCAUUCCCAGGGGUCCGGUGGAUGCGUUGAAUUAUGCCAUGGAUGGCUGGGCGAGACAGUAUGACGCUCAUGAUGAGAGGGAGAUUGCCUGGUUGGAAGCUUUUGUUGCGGUGUAUCGGCAUUUUGAGAACCAGCGGCGAGAUAGCUAG